AACAGGCUGCGAGGGGGGUGGCCCGUGCAGAGAUGGGGGGGCGCUGGCAGCCACAGCGGAGGCUCCAGGAGGUGACCGCCUGGUUUCCAGCAGGGAGGCCAGGUCAGCAGUUCGGGCCAGGCGGCAGAGCCGAGGCUGGCUAUGCGGGUCAGCCUGCUGCUGCUCGUACUGUGGUCGGGCCCCCUGCCCGCCCCUGGCAUGGAAGAUGCCAACUUCCCCCACCUCGGGGAGAGCUCGCAGCCCCCGCCCAGGGCCUGCCCCCCACGCUGCUCCUGCCCCCGGGCCGACACGGUGGACUGCGCCGGCUUGGACCUGCGGGUGUUCCCGGAUAACAUCACCAGGGUCGCUCAGCACCUUUCCUUGCAGAACAACCAGCUCCAGGAGCUCCCCUACAACGAGUUGUCGCGCCUCAGCGACCUGCGGACCCUCAACCUCCACAACAACCUCAUCUCGUCUGAAGGCCUGCCCGACGAGGCCUUCGAGUCCCUCCCCCACCUCCAGCACAUCUCAGUGGCCCACAACAAGAACAACCUCAUCUCCAAGGUGCCCCGGGGAGCCCUGAGCCGCCAGAGCCGGCUCCGUGAACUUUACCUCCAGCACAAUCAACUGGCAGACAGUGGCCUGGACACCACGACCUUCAGCAAGCUGCACAGCCUGGAGUACCUGGACCUGUCCCACAACCAGCUGACCUCGGUGCCCGCCGGCCUGCCCCGGAGCCUGGCCAUCCUGCACUUGGGCCGCAACCGCAUCCGGCGGGUGGAGGCGGCCCGGCUGCAAGGGGCGCGGGGCCUGCGGUACCUGCUCCUGCAGCACAACGAGCUGGGAAGUUCGGGGCUGCCCGCCGGCGCUCUGCGGCCGCUGCGGGGCCUGCACACACUGCACCUCUACGGCAACGGGCUGGACCGCGUGCCCUUGGCGCUGCCCCGCCGCCUGCGCGCGCUGGUGCUGCCCCACAACCGCGUGGCCGCGCUGGGCGCCCGCGACCUGGCUUCCCUGCGGGUCCGCACCCGGCUGCCCACCGGCCUGCCCGCCACUCUGCAUGCCCUACGUCUGCAGCGCAACCAGCUGCGGGUCCUGGAGCCCGAACCGCUGGCCGGUCUGGACCAACUGCGGGAGCUCAACCUGGCGCACAAUCGGCUCCGAGUCGGCGACAUCGGGCCCGGCACCUGGCAUGAGCUGCAGGCCCUGCAGGUCCUGGACCUCAGCCACAAUGCACUGUCUUUCGUGCCCCCCGACCUGCCCGAGGCCCUGGAGGAGCUCCAUCUGCAGGGCAACCGUAUUGGCCACGUGGGCCCCGAGGCCUUCAUCAGCACGCCCCGCCUGCGAGCCCUCUUCCGCAGGGCCAACAGGCUUCACAUGACGAGCAUCGCGGCUGAGGCCUUCCUGGGCCUUCCGAACCUGCGGGUGGUGGACACGGCAGGGAACCCGGAGCAGGUGCUGGUCCGACUACCGCCCACAGCCCCACGGCAGGGGCCGCUGAACCCAGAGGGACCCAUCAGAGCACCCUGACACCUGCAGCUUGGCUGGGUUAGUAGCUAAAGACAUGGCGCUCACUGGGGCCUGCUCCACCUGGGGCUGGGGCACAGGACGCUCCCGGGAAGGAUGGAAGAUGCAGCCGGCGCCACCCGGUCCCGAUGUGCAUGCACGGGCAUCUCACUGUCUCAGGCCAAUGAGCAGCGGGGCUGGACUUUAAGGGCCUGAGACAUGCGUGAGUCCCCAAGUCAAAAACACCCGAGGC